CGGCUAGUACCGGAAGUUCCGCCCCGUCGUGAACUGGGACAGCAAGCGCACCUCUUACAGUGUAUGUGUGGCAACAACAUGUCUGUGCCGCUGCUCGCCGAUGCUGUGACGGUGUCCGGGGCCGAGAAGGAGACUGCGGCGGUGAUCUUCCUUCAUGGAUUGGGAGACACAGGGCACGGGUGGGCAGACACCCUGACGGGAAUCAAACUGCCCCACGUCAAGUUCAUCUGCCCCCACGCGCCUAAAAUCCCGGUCACCCUCAACAUGAACAUGACGAUGCCCGCCUGGUUUGACCUCAUGGGCCUCAGCCCCGACGCUGCGGAGGACGAAUCUGGAAUCAAGAAGGCAGCAGAAAGCAUUAAGGCCAUAAUCGAACACGAGGUCAAAAAUGGGAUCCCCCCACACCGUAUAAUCCUCGGAGGCUUCUCUCAGGGUGGCGCCCUGUCUUUGUACACCGCCCUGACCUGCCAGCACCAGCUGGCCGGUGUGCUGGCCCUCAGCUGUUGGCUCCCACUUUACAAGAGCUUCCCCAUGGCAUUCAACGGACACAAGAACAUCCCGAUCCUGCAGUGCCACGGUGAGAUGGACGCCAUGAUCCCCGUGCUGUUCGGCACCAUGACGGCAGAGAAGCUCAAAUCCCUAAUCAACCCUCAGAUGGUCACCUUCAAAACCUACCCAGGGCUCUCUCACAGCUCAUGUCCUCAGGAGAUGGCAGCUGUAAAGGAAUUUAUCGAGAAGUAUCUGCCCCGGAUCUGACCCCACGUCAUCUCCUCAGUGGCCCCGCCUCCAGACACUGACCUCCGCCCCCGAUCUGCCAUUGUCCCACAGGAGACAGCCAUGACGACCCCCCGGCCCCGCUCCACGACAAACACGUGCAUGAAUACGCACUUUUACACAUUUGAUAGUAACGAUUUGACCAGUUUCAGCCCGAUGAGGGAGAAACGCUGACUCACACAUUACAUUCCCACUUUUUUUUAUUGACCUCCUUCAUUCAGGUUUUGCUUUUCUGCUUUGCCUCAAUUGGCGUCCUUUUACCUUGCUUCCCUUUUGCCGUCGCUGAACCAGCAACGAGUCGCCAUCUGGUGACCUCACCCACUGCUGCCAGUCAGACCCCAUCGGGCUUCCCAACGGCGUCCGCUUCCUGCCUCUGGUUUAUCAGCCUGGCUUUAAAAGACUUCAUUGUCUUUUGACCUCUAACACCAAGAUAAUGUGCACAAGCUUCUGACUGACUUAAAUGUCUCUCAGAUACACCCGCAGCACUGGGUUUUUACCAUUUGUGUGUUGCACUUACUCGAAUGCUCCAAGCGCCUUAUGCGGUUAUUUAGAGCAAGCUGGGGUUCUCAUAAAGCCUCUUGUACACCAAAAUUUUGUCAAGAACCAGCUGGUCCUCGUAGUGCUGACUAAGAUCACCUGCAGCUGCCAGUUAGAACGUAGCAAGAAGACAGAACUAUCUCAAAAAGGCCUAUUAGAAAGUUGGAAAUCGGAUGAAUUACUUUAAGAUAAAAAUCCAAACUUAAUAGCUAAAAUCAUUAAAAAAAACAUCAAAAGAGAAAAGAGGUUUGGUGUAGAAGACGACUUGGGAUGGGUGGGAGCAGUUUUUAAAAUCUUCUCUUAUUGCUCGAAUCGGCAGCUGAAAAGCAAAGUUUCACCCCACUGAAGAAACGAUCAAAUGUUCUGACAUUUGAUAGUUUAUUCAGCAACCAGCCGCGGGUUUGUCAGCUCUCUGGGAGCCGCCCAGUCUGACUGCAGCCGCUUUAUGACUCAGGUGUAGGCCUCGCUGCUUUUUCCACCCCCCUCAAGCUGCAGCCUGUCCGGGUCUUUACUGGGAAAGGGCACUCUAGCGGGAACCCCCCUGUCGUUGUUUCUCGGUUAAAUAUGUUAAACGACCUUGGAUCACAUGAACAAAUUCAACUGAAAUAAACAAAAACUAAUCAAUCGAUGCUUUUGCUGCUCUGUGCUUUUCUUUGCAAGCUGUUCAAACUGCAUGUUUGUCACCUCCUGAUGUGACUCUCUUAGUUAAAGUACCUCAGUUCGGCUCUUAUUUUGAAGGUGGAUGACAGACCCGCACAGACUGCACAUUAAGAAUUGUUGCACUGUAGCUUCCACCAACACCCCCCUCUUGUUUCCCCCUCAUCUCUGGUACCAUGCUCUCAGUUCCUUCUUUGGCUCAUCUCUGUAACCCUCUAACAGCAUAAAAAGUUAAACCAACAGGGAGCAGGAAGCUGCUCCAGCAGGACAUAACGGUGACACAUUAUAACGUUAAUCUUAAGAAACUUGUGAUCUUUGAAGAUGAGAGUGUAUCUGAGGAGUUUUGCGUGCUUAAUAUAAUAAUAUAUGUAUAAAUAUACAUAUAUAUCAGGUCUUUUUGUUUUCCUUUAAAUAUGUUAGUUUUGCUCUCGACCUAAUUCUCUGUUCUGCUGUUGUUGAACCUGAUUUUAAGACAAAGAAUCUUCGAGAGGAAGACGGACGUCUGUUGUGAUUGUUGGCGAUGAAUGUCUCGUGUCCUGCCUUCGGGUUCUACUGUUUUUCCGAGUUUCCUGCUGUCUCCUGUGUUUUGUUUUGUUUUUUCUCGGGUUGUGAUCGUUUGAUAUUUUUCAUGUUUUGUUUGGUUUGUUGUCUUUUGUCACUGUUGUCGCCUCAUCCUUUUUUGUGUCUGUUUAUAACGAUGAGCAGUGGCAAGAUGUGUUUGUUUCCAGAACACCUGUUUGCGGAAUAAAUGUCCCCUCCCCUACCCUCCAAAAAAAGAAAAAAAAACAAUGACCAAAAAAAAAAUCAUUUUGAGUUGACUCUUUCAUUUUCCAGAUCAAAAUGUGAAGUUCAUACC